CUCGACGAGGAACUGGCUGUAAGCACGACACAGAUUGACCGCAAAUCAAUCAGCCAUGCAGCGGUCAUCGGGAUGCGCGCUCGCCGCAAGACGAUUGUGCCGUGCCUUUAACCUCGACCGCAGCCCUUCAGCCUUCGAUUUGCCCCUAUAUUUCUGUCCAGCAUUUCGGUCACUGUCGCUUGGGAAUCCCACAGCUCGACGCCCGCAAUCCCGGCCCGAGUCGCGAUGGACCCAAGUCCGGCAGCUGCAUGCGCAGUCUGUUUCUGCGCCCAGCGCAGAAGGACAACCAGAGCUAGCCCAGAAGCCUCAAAGAACACUGCCGUUACAAUGUCCAGGCUGCGGAGCCUUCUCCCAGACCGCGGUCCCUAGCGACGCGGGCUACUACAACCUGUCGCGGAAAUCUGUCAUGCAAUACUUGGGCCUAGAAAGACCAAAGGAAGCUAAGAAGCCCAGGAAAGCCGAUCAGAUUGUUCAAGAGGUUCUACAAAGUGUUGAUGUUGAGGCCCUGGAAUGCCAAGGCAUUGAUCUCAAGUCCCUGCUGCCAGAGAGCAAGCCCGCGUCCGCAGCUACGACGGAACCGGAUAAGCCCCCUGUCUGCGACCGUUGCCACAAUCUGAUUCACCAUUCGACCGGAAACUCGAUCUACCAUCCGAGCAUUGAGUCUCUGCGAGAAACGAUCGAAGAGUCCCCCUACAAGUACAACCACGUUUACCACGUCUUGGAUGCCGCCGACUUUCCCAUGUCGUUGCUCCCGAGGUUGCACAGUCUGAUGGACAUCAAACUACGGCCGCGAAACCGCAGAUCAGAUCCGGUCAACUUCCGUCACGGAAAGAAGACGGAAAUGAGCUUCAUCAUUACGCGAUCUGAUCUUCUCGCACCCACCAAAGAGCAAGUUGAUGCGCUGAUGCCCUACCUUCAGAGUGUAUUGCGGGACGCGCUAGGCAGGGUUGGCGAGCGUGUCAGGCUAGGAAACGUCCACUGCGUCAGCGCAAAACGAGCUUGGUGGACAAAGCAGCUGAAGGAAGAGAUUUGGGAGCGUGGCGGGGCGGGGUGGAUGGUGGGCAAGGUCAACGUGGGAAAGAGCCAGCUGUUUGAAGCUGUGUACCCGAAAGGCAGGAUGGACGAGAAGCCGCCCAAGCAGCAGAUCUCUAUCAAAGUCUUCCCCAAAACACAAACGAACGCAAACCCACCACUCGCAGAACCUGAACAAGACUCUGAAGACUCCAACCCCCUUCUCCCAGGACGAACGGCCAUGCCCGACGACGACUUUCCCCUCCUCCCCCCACCACUACCCGAAACCAAUUACCCCCCCAUGCCGGUAGUCUCCUCUCUACCCGGGACGACGGCCUCGCCGAUUCGCGUGCCGUUCGGCAACGGGCGCGGCGAGCUGAUCGACCUGCCAGGUCUGUCCAGGGGCGACCUUGAGCUUCACGUGCGCGAGGAGAAGCGCAAGAACCUGAUCAUGACGGAGCGCAUAGUUCCAGAGACGUACGCCGUCACGCCCGGCCGCUCGCUCCUGAUCGGCGGCUUCAUCCGCCUGACGCCGCGCAACGUGGCGCCCGAUGAGGAGCUCGUCUUCAUAAUGUACCCUUUCACCCCGAUCAAGGCGCAUUGCACGUCGACGAGAAAAGCCGUGGCCGUCCAGACCGAGGCCGAGGACGCGCCCAACGUGGAGAACAUUGCGCUGCCCGGGACGGGCGCGACGAUCAAGCACGCCGGCGCGUUCCAGGUGCGCUAUGACACCACCAAGAAGCAGGCCCGCGCCGUGCUUGACAGGACGGGCGUGAAAGCGGACAGGUUGCCGUUCCGGGUGCUGGGGAUUGAUAUACUGAUUGAGGGCUGUGGGUGGGUCGAGGUGGAAGUCCAGGUUCGGACCAAGAAGCUGUUUGGUUCGCCAUCGGCUUCUUCUUCGGCGACAUCGGCGACGGCUACGAUAAGGGAAGGAGAGAAGGACGGUGGAGACGGGUUGGGCGAAGUGGCGUCCACGUCGGAGUGGAUGGAGAAGCUGGAUCUGAGGCCUGAACCGGUGAAUGCCGAGGAGAAGGAGGGGUCCGGGAAGGACGGCCAGCCUGAGCCAAACUGGCCGAUUAUUGACGUGUAUAGCCCCGAGGGAAGGUUCAUUGGCUAUCGGCGGCCGAUGAACGGGUUUGUAAUCAACCGAAAGCCGCACAAGAAUCAGAGGGGGAGGCCGAGGAAGAGCAUGAAGGGGGCUAAGAAACUGGCGAAGGCCGCCAGAAGGGAAGAGGAAUGAGGGUGAUAAUCAGUCAAGGUAAUGGCGAUGCUUCGAGGCUUUUGGUUAUUUGGGGUGUAGGAUAUCUGUAUUAUAUGUGUAUAAAACAUGUAUGUGGUUGACGACUCAGCACCAUUAGUUGUGGCUGCGGGUUAAACAAUGUUGGAAAGUUGGUCGGGUUUUGAGCAUGUAUUGUGGAAGGGUAUAACAACACUGGACCCAUCUAGACAAUAGCCCGAAUUUACUCAGGGCAGCAAGUUUUCCUGUCUAUAUAUACGCCAGCCGAUGCC